CACAACAGGGACGCGGAGGAGGAGGGGGGACGAGGAGGAGAAGAGGGACAAGAGGCGGCUGAAGCAGAAGCAGCAGUGGCGGAAGGGGAACAGGGAGCGACCACCACGGCGACCGCAACGGCGACCGCGACGGCGGCCCCGGGGUCCAAAGAGGCCCCUCUCGGGGACGGGCCGCCCAAGGGAAGGAGAUCGAACCCCCGGCCCCGAGCCCCUCCCGCUGCCACCCCGGCGGCCCCAGCCACGCCGGCGGCUCCAGCCGCCGCCUCACGGCCGAGCAUGCCCCAGGGCGGGCCCCACACCCCGACCUCGCCGCCAGCCCCCCAGGACAGCGGCACCUUCAGGUUGGGGAAAAUGAUCACAGCCAAACCUGGGAAAACACCGAUUCAGGUGUUACAUGAGUAUGGCAUGAAGACCAAUAAUGUACCCGUUUAUGAAUUUGAAAGAGCCGAUGGACAUGCAAAUACGCCAAGUUUCACCUUCAGAGUGACUGUUGGUGAUAUAACCUGCACAGGUGAAGGUUCAAGUAAGAAAAUGGCGAAGCAUAAAGCUGCAGAAGCUGCCAUUGGCCAUUUGAAAGCAAAUGCAAGUCUUUGUUUUGCAGUUCCAGACCCAAUGGCUCCUGAUCCUUCCAAGCAACCAAAGAAUCAGGCUAAUCCUAUUGGUUCAUUACAGGAACUGGCUAUUCAGCAUGGCUGGAGACUUCCCGAGUAUACACUUUCUCAGGAGGGAGGACCUGCUCAUAAGAAAGAGUUCACCACGAUUUGUAGACUUGAAUCAUUUAUAGAAACUGGAAAGGGGGCAUCAAAAAAACAAGCCAAGAGAAAUGCUGCUGAAAAGUUUCUUGCCAAAUUCCGUGAAUUCUCUCCUGAUAACAAUGUUUCCUUAGCAAAUGCCCUAGGAAGUACUAUUGGAUGUACUUGGAAUACUCUGAGGAAUUCAAAUGGGGAGAAAAUAACUUUACUGAGAAGAAGCCUACUCAGUAUUCCUAAUACAGAUUACAUUCAGAUGCUUGGAGAAAUUGGAAAGGAACAAGGUUUUGAAAUAACAUAUUUGGAUAUAGAAGAACUGAGUGUGAAUGGACAGUACCAGUGUCUUGCUGAACUUUCAACCAGCCCCAUCACGGUCUGCCACGGUUCUGGAAUCUCCUGUGGCAGUGCCCAUAGUGAUGCAGCUCACAAUGCCCUGCAGUAUUUAAAGAUAAUGGCAGAGAGAAAGUAAACUUGGAGCAACUUUAAGAAAAAUCCUUCAGCAGCAGUAGCACAUAAAAGGAGUUUUUCCCCCCCAAGUAAAAUGUUGACUGUAAUGUUUAGCUUGCGUGAUGUUUCUAAAUCACUUUCAUAGAAAACCAUCAGACUACAGUUUUCAUUAUAUCACAGCAGUGGUUAUGAAUUAAGCUCUUUUUAAUGGCUUCAACUUUGUAUUGUUUUCUUGUAUUUAUAAACUUUGUAUCAUGAAGCAGAGUGUAGCACCUAGUAUGAUGCCAUGCACACAGUAGGCAGUAAAUAAAUAUUUCUUGUUUAUAAUGACGAUGACAAUGAUGAAAUAAAACUACUACUGAGCAACAAUUUUUACUGGUGCUUAAAUCCUUCCUCACACAAAGCUUAGUAAAGGGUUUUCUAAAGAACCCCUUUACAAUGCUAGUGUUGAGGGACAGGACUAACACCGGCCUUAUAGGCUAACUGUUAUAUCAGACUUUUAUUGCAUGUAGUUGUUAUGUUUCAGGGGACAUGAUUUGACCGCAGUGUAUAUGAAUCCAUGUAAUAAGGAGCUGUAUUAUAAUGGGGUUCUACUGCAUUUUAUUAAAAAGCUACUGACUUGA